AUGGCUGGAUCCCAAUUGAAAAAUUUAAAGGCUACUUUGAAGGCUCAUGGUUUAACAGGUCAGACUAAUAUUAAAAAGAACAAGAAAAAUACAAAGAGAAAGGCUAGGGAAUAUGAUCGCGAGGAGAGGGCUAAAGUAAUCGCUAAGAUUAGAGAAGAUUUCAACCCUUUUGAAGUGAAAACUACAAAAACGAAGAAGAAAAAUGCAGAGAAAGCUCACCAUUUAGUAGCUGUUGGUAAACCUGGUAUUUCUAAACAAAUAGGUGAAGAUCAAAGAAAGGUAGCCUAUGAGGCUAGAAACUCUCAGAAGAACAGACGUGGUGGGUUAGUUGAUAGACGUUUUGGUGAAAGUAAUAAGAAUAUCACUGAAGAAGAAAGAAUGUUGGAACGUUUCACUAGGGAAAAACAAAGUCAAUCAAGGAAAAAUAAGCAAAAAUUAUUUAAUCUAGAGGAUAAUGAGGAUUCUAACGAUAUAUUUGGUGAUGUUUCAACAGACAUGUUCGGUAAUCAAUUAACACAUCUUGGUCAGUCAUUGGCAAAUGACGAUGGAGAUUUUGCUGAAGGUGACUUAGGUGGGUUCAGUAAGCGUGGAUAUGAAGAAGAUGGAUUAGGAGAACCAUCAGGACCAGUAAAGAAAAAGACAAAGGCUGAAGUCAUGAAGGAGAUUAUUUCCAAAUCUAAAUUUUAUAAAGGUGAAAGACAGAAGGCUCAAAUGAAAAUGGAAGAACAAAUUGACGACUUAGAUGACAAUUUUGAUGAUAUCUUCUCAGAAUUAAAGAGCUCUGAAAAAGCAGUAAAGAAAGAAGCAAUUGUACCUAAAGAAGCAGUUGACAAAGAUUACGAUAUUAAGGUUAAAGAGUUAUUACUAGAAAAAAGAGCAGCUCCAGCCGAGAGAACUAAGACGGAAGAAGAGAUCAAGAAAGAAGCUGAUGAACAUAAGAAAAAGUUAGAACAACAAAGACUAGCCAGAAUGCAAGGUAUACUGGAGGAUGAAGAUGGUAGAGAGCAAGGUGUGGAAGAUCUGGAUGACAACUUUUGGGGUGAAGGUUCUGAUGAGGAAGAAUCUGGUAAUGAAAUCGCCGAUUCGGAUGAUGAUGUAAAAUUUGAUUCGGAUGAUGAAGAAGGCGAUUCAAAUAUCAAGAACACACAUGAUGAUGGAAAUGAACCUAGGUUCGGGAAGAAAGUCAAAGAUGUACCUUGUCCUGAAUCACAGGAUGAGCUUAUAGAAUAUUUAAAAAAAAUACCAUUCCCAGAACAACCGCAAGCUAUCAAAAAAGUAAUCCAACAAUAUCAACCUAAAUUAGCCGAAGGCAACAAAGAAAAAAUGGGUGUUUUUACUGGUUUAAUAUUAAGAUACAUAUUGUUUUUAUCUAACCAAAACUAUACUAAAAACAUCAAUGAAUUUAGAGAAUUACAAAAAUCGUUGGUUUCAAUUUUACACAAGAUGGCUGCCAAAUACAACCAUUCAUUAUCCCAAUGUUGUAGAGAUAUUAUUUAUGAAAUCCAAGAAAAAUUUAAGUCUUCUCAUUCCGUCCAGAUCAGUGACUUGAUUUUCUUUAGCAUUGUUGGUAUGAUUUUCUCCACAUCUGAUCAAUACCAUCUAGUUGUCACACCUUCUACAAUUUUGAUGAGUGAGAUAUUAGAACAAUUAAAAUUUAACAGCAUCGAUAGACUGAUGUACGGGAGUGUAUUAUGUCGCAUACUAUUGAAGUACCAAAGACUUUCAAAGAGAUACUUCCCUGAAAUGUUAUAUUUCUACGAGAAAGCAUUAGUUACACUGUUGAAUGAUGAUGGUUUAGCUUUCAACGAUGCCAUCAAGAGUAUUAGAAGAGACAGUUAUUCACUUGCAAUUGGGAAAGAUGCCGACUUUACCGGAUUUGAAAACAGAACUAUCCACUUGCAUGAAAUCAUUAAUUUAAGCAACAACUCUGGUUCUGCCGACGACAAUAUUGAACACAAAAAGAUGUUAUUGUUAAAUAACAUCUUCAAGUUAGUUGACGACAGCGUCACCGUGAUCUGGAAGAGUUUACCUAGUUUUAACGAAAUCACCCAAUCGAUCCAUUCGAUUGUGGAGCUAUACAAGCAGAAUGUCCCUUCAUUAGAAGCCAGAUGCGAGACGUUGUUGAACCAGAUGGAUAGGGUGAAGAACAACAACAAGCAGAUCCCCUUGACUUUGCAAAACCACAAGCCAGUCUCGAUCCCAUCCAGAACGCCUAAAUUUGAAGAGAACUAUAACCCAGAAAAGAAAUCGUACGACCCUGACAGAACUAGACAGGAGAUCAACAAGGUCAAGGCUCAAUUGAAGAAGGAGCGUAAGUUUACUAUGAAGGAGAUCCGUAAGGACUCACGCUUCGAGGCCAGACAAAGAAUCGAGAAACAAAAGAAAGAAAGCGACGAGUACCGCAGCAAGAUGUCGCACAUCAUCAACACCAUCAAUACUGAGGAAGGUGCUGAAAAGAAUAAAUAUGAGAGGGAGAAGAGACUCCGUGGCUCGAAGUGA